CCUUAAAAUAACAUUCACGAACCAUGAAUACUAUGAAAUCGUUUCGUGAAAUAUUGGCAAAUGCAAAAAAUGUAUUAAUAUUAACUGGUAGUGGAGUUUCCUCUGAAUCUGGAAUUCCUACAUUUAGAGGUGCUGGCGGUUUUUGGAGAAAAUACCAAGCUCAAAGUCUUGCAACUCCACAAGCAUUCGAAGCAAAUCCAUCUUUAGUUUGGGAAUUUUACGAAUAUCGUCGAAGAGUAGCAAAUGAAGCCAAUCCUAAUAAGGCUCAUGAAGCAAUAGCAGUUUUUCAAAAUCGUAAAUUAAAAGAAGGUAAAAAUGUCGUAAUUGUAACACAAAAUAUCGAUGAACUACAUCAAAGAGCAGGGGCUAAGAAUGUAGUAGAGCUUCAUGGUUCAUUAUACAAAACUCGCUGUACUGUUUGUCAUGAAAUUAGUGUAAACAAAAAUAUUCCAAUAUGUCCUGCAUUAAGGGACAAAGGAUCUCCAGAUCCACGUAUGAUUUCUGAUAUUCCAAGGGAAAAUUUACCUCGAUGUCAAAAAGAAAAUUGUAAAGGUUUAUUGAGACCUCAUAUUGUAUGGUUUGGUGAAAAUUUAGAUGAACAGAUACUGCAGCAAGCCUAUAUUGCUGUUGAAAACUGUGACAUCUGUUUGAUUAUUGGUACUUCAUCUGUUGUAUAUCCAGCAGCAAUGUUUGCACCACAAGUAGCACAACGUGGAAUUCCUGUUGCUGAAUUUAAUUUAGAAGUAACUCCUGCUACAAGACACUUUGAGUAUCAUUUUGAAGGUCCUUGCACUGUUACUGUACCAGAAGCUUUAGAAUCUUAACUUCCAAACAUCAAAUAAAUAUUAUAAUGGCAUAAUAUUUACCUCGUACUAAACAUAC